CUCCCCCUCUCUCUCUCUGGGGGCUUCGCCUGCGCGGUUGCGCGUGCUAGGGCGAGCCGGCGAUCGCGCGCGCGGCGGCGGCGGCGGCGGAGGAGGAAGAGGAGGAGUGGGCGACGCGACGCGACGCCGCGCCGCGCGGCCGUGUGCUCUACCUGGACGUACGAGGGAGGGGGGCCGAGCCGAGAGACCAGCUUGGCCGCGGUGCGAUCGCGGGCGGCAGGCGUACGUGCGUGCAGCGGCGGCGGCGGCUCUGUGCCUACCGUCGGCGGGGCGGCAGGGCGUCGGAGCUGCCUCUGUUUUGAUGAUAAAAGUGAGAAUGCCUGGAAGUCUCGAGUUGGUGUGCUUUAUGUGAUGCACCCGAUAACAUUUUUCACCAAUAUCAUUGGUGUGGUGACCAUUGUUCUGAUCUCCAUCGUCUCCAUCUUGGGCCUUAUUUGCCUGUGCCACUCACUGAACUUCCAAUUGUUGAUCAAACGGAGGAGGAGAAAUUACUACCAAGCGAAUGACGAGCAGCUUAGCUACUUCAAUGGGCCAUGGCUGACUCGCAUAACAUUAAUACUGGUUGCACUAUGGUGGGGUGUUGGAGAGGUGUUGCGGCUCACAUUUGUCAAUGGGGAGGGGAGGUUCAUUUCUGAUCAGACAUGGCAAGCCAAUGUAUGCAAAUUUUACAUCGUCUCAAAUUUGGGGUUUGCAGAACCAGGGUUGUUCCUGUUGCUAGCUUUCCUUCUUAGUGCAGCAUUGCAAAAUCAAGAGGUUGGUGCCUUAAAUCGUAAAUGGAACCAGAGGACCAUAUGUGCAGUGUUUAUGCUCUGCUCACCCUCACUCAUAUGGGAAGCUUGUGUAGUUUUUAUUGGUCCUCAUAUUGCUUCAAACGAUGGACAGACAUCAAAGGUUGCAAAGUAUUGGUAUUCAGCCUCUUCAGUCCAUGAUGGCGAUGUUGCAUGCACAUACCCAUUGUUGAGCAGCAUAUUUCUUGGGACGUUCUACACCGUGUUAACUCUUUAUGUCAUAUUUGUUGGAGGGCAGAUAUUAUCUUUAGUGAUCAACAAGGGGCUUCGACGGAGGAUAUAUAUGCUAAUUUUUGCCACCGGAAUACUGCUUCCUCGAGCUAUGUUUCUUGGAUUCUCGGUUCUUCCAUGGCCAGGUGAAAUAGUCCAUGAAUCUCUCGUGUUUGUCUCCUUCCUUGUCCUGAUGAUUGCUGCUAUGCUUGGUAUUGUUAUUCUGGUGUAUUUCCCAGUUGCGGAAACCUUUGAAGUAAGAAACCAAGAGCAUAUUGAGCUGCAAACAAGUCAUUCCAUUGCCCUGUGAAUCUUUGAUGGCUGAGCCUUAUGAUUUGACAUAUGUUUCAGCUUUUCAUUCUAAGGACAAGACAUUGGGAGAUGCUUCAGAUUUAUUAUGUGGUUGUUGCUGAGAGCUAUCUCCCCAAUUUUGUAAACAUAGAACAAAUUAGAUUAGGUUAUCGUUCUCCUUUCUUUUCUUCAUGCAUGUCGCCAUGAACAGAAGUUAUACCCUGUACAAUAGUUUCUAUAGGCUAGUGAAAUGACCAGGCAUACUUUACCUAUUAUAUGGUGUAGUGCAUCGAGAAAAAAAACUUAAUAAUGAUCAGUUUGUGGUUGUAGUGAA